GACGCACAGACCCUCCACUGCUAACCCCUGCGCGCUCCAGACUGACCCUCCAGCAAUCCCUGCAAUGACAGGAAAAACCACCUCGGAAGCCCCUGCCUGUGGUCCGGAGGAGACUGCCUCUGAGUCUGCACACGUGCCCGCCACAGAGCCCUCUGGAGAAGCGGCAGCACCGGAGUCUACCGGGGAGGAGCAGGCUCUUGAGCCACAGGAGCCUGCCCCUCGGGCACCUGCCCCUGCAGCCCCUGCAGCCCCCGCAGCCACUAAACCUGCACCUCCAAGUGAAGAUGUCCCCAGUGCCCCGAUGCUGCUGGCCGUGGAGGAUGUGAGUGACAGCGCGGUGACUGUGAGCUGGGAGCCCCCCGAGAGGCUAGGGAAGCUGGGGCUCCAGGGCUAUGUUCUGGAACUCUGCCGAGAGGGAGCCUCCGAGUGGGUGCCUGUGAACACCCGGCCCAUGAUGGUGACCCAGCAGACCUUGCGGAACCUGGCUCUAGGUGACAAGUUCUUUGUGCGUGUGGCUGCAGUGAGCUCUGCAGGGGCUGGCCCACCAGUCGUGCUGGACCACCCUGUCCACAUCCAAAAGAUCAUUGAGGCCCCCAAGAUCCGUGUUCCCCGCCACCUUCGUCAGACCUACAUCUGUCAGGUGGGAGAGUCAAUUAACCUGCAAAUCCCCUUCCAGGGGAGUCCCAAGCCUCAGGCCUCGUGGACCCACGACGGUCAUGCCCUAGACAGCCAGCGGGUGAGUGUGCGCACCGGGGACCAGGACUCCAUCCUCUUCAUCCGCUCAGCCCAGCGCUCUGACUCAGGCUGCUAUGAGCUCACUGUACAGCUGGAAGGCCUGGAAGCCAAGGCAGCCAUCAACAUCCUGGUGAUUGAGAAACCUGGAUCCCCAAGCAGCAUCAGGUUACUGGAUGUCUGGGGCUGCAACGCUGCCCUUGAGUGGACACCACCGCAGGACACAGGCAACACAGAGCUCCUGGGCUACACAGUGCAGAAGGCAGACAAAAGGACAGGGCAAUGGUUCACAGUGCUGGAGCGCUACCACCCGACCACCUGCUCUAUCUCCGACCUCAUCAUGGGUAACUCUUACUCCUUCCGAGUCUUCUCGGAAAACCUGUGUGGACUCAGUGCCUCGGCGGCCGUCACCAAGGAGCUCGCACACAUCCAGAAGACAGAUAUUGUUGCCAAACCUAAGAGCUUUGUUGAGCGAGACUUCUCAGAAGCUCCCUCAUUCACCCAGCCGCUGGCUGACCACACCUCCACCCCUGGCUACAGCACACAGCUCUGCUGCAGUGUCCGAGCAUCACCCAAGCCCAAAAUCAUCUGGAUGAAAAACAAGAUGGACAUCCGGGGUGAUCCCAAAUACCGUGCCCUCUCUGAGCAAGGUGUCUGCACACUGGAGAUCCGGAAACCCAGCCCCUUCGAUUCUGGGGUCUACACCUGCAAGGCCAUCAAUGUGCUGGGGGAGGCGUCUGUGGACUGCCAGCUGGAGGUCAAAGCCUCAGCCACACACUGAGGAGCCACUGGCGGAAGCUGUGAUGAGGAGAAAGGUGCUGCAGGCCUGAGGGGUCAGGGCAGCCAGGGCCAGGAUCAAGCUCCACGGAGGCCCGAGCUCCCCAUCUCCAUAGUGACGACUGAUGGCUUUGCUCCUUGGUACCUGCCUAGCAGGCCCCAGGCCAGGCUUCCUGGACACAAGGGGCCCUGGAAGGUGCAACGAUUGGAGCGCUCCUGUAGAGAGCUGUACA